AGAAAGGGAUGAUUUGGAGAGGCAGAGAGGGAGAGAGGGAUGAUUUGGAGAGGCAGAGAAAGAGAAAGAGAGGGAGGAUUCAAUGGGUGCUUGCGGCCGCAUGCGGAACAUGAUGUCAGAGGAAUGUCCUGCACCGCUCCUCAUAGCUGACUGGAACAGCAGCCACCUUCCUCUCUCUCUCCCUCCCCGUCUCCCUUUCCUUCAGCAUCCGGCCCAGCAGCUGGAGCUUGAAGCUAAUGAAGGGAGUGGAAGGGAAGAAGGGAGAGAGACAGAGGGAGAGGCAACGUUUGGUGUGACAUAAAGAGAGGGGGAUAAGUUGGACUGGGACAUUAAAGGAGUGGGAAGGAAGGGAACAGAACAGUAGUCUGUAAAGCUGCACUGAGCUCUAUAGUAAUGCAAACCUGUGAGUCAUGGCUGUGGUCUGUAUAGGAAUGGAACAGAACAGCAGUCUAUAGAGCUUGGGCUCCGGUAAUGUAGACUGGGCUGUGGUCUGUGUACUUAGCAGGGAUCCGGUGACUGAAGGAUACAGAGGCUACAUGGAGCAGUCAGACACCUUAGCACAGAGUGGGAAUUUGCUUACAGGCUUCAGGAUAUCCACUCUGUGAAGAUGUAGUCCAUUUGGUUUCCGUGGAGAUGUCUCUAAACAGGGCCUCCUCUUGUCGCUUCCCUCCUGCCCUGUUGCCGUGGCUACUGUGGACUCUGUGGGUUCUACUCCUCCCCACGGCCGUCCCCACGACCGUCGCCUCGACCACGGGCCCCGGCAACAGCACCCUGCUCUUCAACAGUGCCGCCCACGGCAACAGCCUGCGGAAAUGCAGCUGCUCCACCCACAUCCAGGAUUGUGACGAGGCGUUGGCAAACCUGCUGUGCAGCUGCCGCACCAUGUCGCACUCAGAGCUGACCCCUGGGGGCCUGAGGGAGCAGGGUAGCUUGACCAUGUGGCUCAGAGAGCCUUGGGUCCUCACAGAGCUACUGAAUGGGAGUGUGGUGCCAGACCUGCGCCUGUCCUACUGUGGACCCGGGUCCCUGGCCAUCCCCACCCAGUACCUGGCCCUGUUCGGUCUCCGUAGGCUGAGGGUCCACAGCGCUGCCCAGGGUGCCCCACACCCGGAGCAGGUCCUCACAAUCGCCUCUGGGACUGAGGAUAUAGACGGGAUGGGGUCCCUAGCCUCCACUGACCCCUCGUCUUCUAUCCUCCAUGUCUCCUUCCUGGAUGUAGCGUUGCUUAAUGGCUUAUCGUCCCUAAAGGCCUACAGUGUGAGCGCCCCUCCCAUGCCCACCCUCUCCCAGUACUUCCCCCACCUGCCCCUGUACCCCUCCACCGCCUUGGACCAGCCCCUGUACCCCUCCACCCCUCUGGACCAGCCCCCAGACCCCCAACAGGACUGCAUCUUCACCUUCAUCUACUAGACCUGUAGGCUCUGAGCAGAGAGCAGGGCUGGGUCAGUCCCUCAGCUAAAUAGAUCUAUGGAAACUAGUCUGGGCUGGAUGGAUAACACUGAAGUGGUAAGUGCAAGAGCUCCAUUCACCCUGAUGUUACUGAAUGGACUUGAUGUGCAGAGAGCUAUGCUGCUUUUCAAUUUGUUUCUAUAUAGUGCGUUUCUACGCUGCAGAAAACACUAUUCCAAUAUCCACAAGAAGACUCUGGACAAGACAAGACAACCAUCUCUGAGAAGAAGAAGGAGGCAUCUUGCAGUAUCAAUGCAAGAGCAAGGCAGAGAAUAAGAGAUGGAAAGAGACUGAGAACGAGACAGAGAACGAGACAAGGACGGCAUCCGUCUGCUGCCCUAAAGACUAACAGAAAGUUUGUAGGCCUGCUGUUAUGAAUGCUAUCUGACAGUUAGCUUGUAGGCCUGCUGUUAUGAAUGCUAUCUGACAGUUAGCUUGUAGGCCUGCUGUUAUGAAUGCUAUCAGACAUUUAGCUUGUAGGCCUGCUGUUAUGAAUGCUAUCAGACAGUUAGCUUGUAGGCCUGCUGUUAUGAAUGCUAUCUGACAGUUAGCUUGUAGGCCUGCUGUUAUGAAUGCUAUCUGACAGUUAGCUUGUAGGCCUGCUGUUAUGAAUGCUAUCUGACAGUUAGCUUGUAGGCCUGCUGUUAUGAAUGCUAUCUGACAGUUAGCUUGUAGGCCUGCUGUUAUGAAUGCUAUCUGACAGUUAGCUUGUAGGCCUGCUGUUAUGAAUGCUAUCUGACAGUUAGCUUGUAGGCCUGCUGUUAUGAAUGCUAUCAGACAGUUAGCUUGUAGGCCUGCUGUUAUGAAUGCUAUCAGACAGUUAGCUUGUAGGCCUGCUGUUAUGAAUGCUAUCAGACAGUUAGCUUUGCCAGCUGCUCUUUUCUUCAGUUAUUCGGUGCAGAUGGCCUAUUAAGGCAUGUUGUUUUGAAGCAGGUUACCAUGGCUCCCCUAUAAAUGGGUCUUCCUGGUUGGAACCCUAAUGGAUCGUCAGGUCAUGUGACCGUUCUUAGUUGAACUGUACGGUUGUGGACCCACCUUAAGCUGGACUUGGUUGGGUUUGUAAUUCAAGAUGAAGCUGAGGUAGAAGCCUUUUGUACUGUUGUGCUCUGGUGACUGGGUCCGUCCGGUCCAUGCUGGAUUGAUUACAUCACUGUGUUUCUGGUGUUCUAGAAUACAGGGCUUGUCCUGGAACGGCCUUGGUCUCACCCCUAUGGUCCACAAUAUGUCAUUCUGCUCAUGUCCUAGAAUGAGCAUGUCUGUACCCUUUUAGUUUUUAAGUAAUACCCUGGCCAGGAAUUAGACCAUGUUAGUAAAAGUUAAUACAUCUUACCCUUGGUUUAAAAAAAACAAAAUAAUUAAUAAGAGGGGGGAGAAGGAACAUCACAAGAGGUGUUAGGAAAUAUUUUCUGAUCUCCACAACUCAAAAAACAAAAUAGCUAUAUAUGUUCUAUUUUCAGCUGACAUCCGGAGAGAGACAUAGUCAUAUCAUUCAUCUAAAACCACCCUCACAAACCGACUGCAGCCAACACUUCUGUUCUGCGUGUGCGUGUGCCUAGGCGUGCAAGUGUACAUGCAUAUUCUUAUAUACGUCUUGUAAAUAAUUGUUGAAGAUGGGUGACGUGACGCUUCAGUUCCUCUGCCUGCCCUGUGGUGAGCAAUGGUGGGUAUUUUCUAGAUUAUGUCACUCCAGAACACACUCACUAAUGACAGUUGGGAAAUUAAGUUUUCUGGAUUAGGUCACUCCAGAACACACUCACUAAUGACAGUUGGGAAAUGAAGUUUUCUAGAUUAGGUCACUCCAGAACACACUCACUAAUGACAGUUGGGAAAUGAAGUUUUCUAGAUUAGGUCACUCCAGAACACACUCACUAAUGACAGUUGGGAAACAAAGUUUUCUAGAUUAGGUCACUCCAGAACACACUCACUAAUGACAGUUGGGAAAUUAAGUUUUCUGGAUUAGGUCACUCCAGAACACACUCACUAAUGACUGUUGGGAAGUGAAGUUUUCUGGAUUAUUCUACAUUGACAUGACACUACAACAUUCAGACGCAUCAGAUCCCAACCAGGUCCAUGUAUUUAAGAGAGCUGGCAAUGUUUCAUGUGGUUUCUAAUUCUACACAUUCGGUUAUAUAGCAUUAGUGGAAUAGUAAAAUAUUGCCUAUGUCAUGUUAAUGAGGAGCGAACACAUCUCGGAUACAAUCUCUCAAGCACAGGCUCUCUCUGUAGAGACAAAAACCUGACGCUGGUGCUUCCCAUUGGGGAAAUUUAGGUCACACCUCUGGGGAACCAUUUACUGUGGAUUAAACAUUUAGGCUAGGUCGUCACAAGAUGUGUCGCUCCUCACGCUCACUGUCUGCACCCUAAAGUAUAUCUCAGUCACUCACAAUCCGGGCAGAACGAUCCACGAGCCUCCGUAGCAGGGGAUGGGUGUUUGUGUUUCAUGUCAUGUUUAUUAACUAGUGUUUGCUACUUUGAUUUUAAAGCACCUUUUGAUUCAAGCACUUUUUUUCUUCACUGUAUCAUAUCAGGAUAUUUUUUGAAGGUAUAUACACUUGAAAUUUGAAGUUUCAAUAGACCUUAGCCAAAUACGUUUAAACUGAGUUUAUCACACCUCCUGACAUUUAAUCAUGGUAAAAGUUAUCUGUCUAAGGUCAGUUAGGAUCACCACUUUAUUUUAAGAAUGAGAAAUGGCAAAAUAA